CAUUUCUGUCUGAAAUCCCAGAGUAGGUGAACAUAACAAAUAAUAUAAAACGUUAAAUAAGGACAACAUAAAAAAUACCCAGUGAAAUAAAAAAUGUAAUCCAAUAAAGUGCUUUGUGGCACACAUUUGCUCUAUACUAUCUCUAUGCACGAUCUCUAUGUACACCUCUAUGUACGAUCUCUAUGCACAAUCUCUAUGUACGUCAAGUCAUCAGAUGCUGGCUGGCCUGUUCACACCUGCUGUGCUACAGACAGUUGUCACUGACAGAAUCCUCUGACUCCUUGACCUGCAUGGAGAGGUUAUCUCAAACAGGUUCCAAUAACUCAAUAACUUCAAACAUAAUGAGAGGGACGAGAGAGGAAUGAGAGGUAGAGAGAGAGAGAGAGGGGUUCUUCAGAGCAACAUGUGGACUAAUAUAAUGAGAGAGAGGUUGAGAGACUGAGAGUUAGAGAGAGAGAGUGUCUUCAGAGAGUGUUUAGAGCCCUUUGUGGACCUAACACUGUGGGAGGACAUGACCCAACUGUCACAGAAAGACACCUGGUCCUUAUAAAAUGACAGGGAUGGUGACAGAACUCCAGUGGUUCGAGAGAAGCCCUUUCCCUCAAAGCGUCUUCAAGCUACGGUAGCGUGCAGGAUACCACUCUGUCCCAGACUGUGUUAUACAUAGUGUGAACUGGCAACAUUUGACUUUAGCACCUGGCUGUUCCUCCUCCACGAGCGAAAGCAGCUUCAGUUGGAGGAAGACUUUCGAGGACCAGCGUCAAAGCCUCUUCUCCUGCACGUUCUGAAGGUCAGUUCUUAAAAUGUAUCCACUGACAGUUUUCUCGUCGCUCUUAACAUAUUUAAAUCGGACUCUUUAGUGUGCAACAUGAAGACUGCGUUAGCCCUCUGAGAUGAAUCCCAUGGAACUCCCCAGGGAGACGCCAAGACUCAGACGAGGUUAAUGUGCCGGUGCUCUUCUCCCUGUUUCCCCAGCGAAGGGAGCCGACCAGACCCAGAGAUGUGUGUCUCACCAUGGUGUCUUCUGCUGUUGUUGCUGUGUCCCAUCACUCCUGGGAUGGUUCUGGAGGACAGAGCCGUGUCCAGAUGUUCACGGUGGCUUACCUAUGAAAUGGAGAACCGGGAGAAGAUCAUCAACAACUUCAAAAGGCAUUCGGAAGGAACAUUCACCAAUGACUACACCAACUACCUGGACAAGAUCAAGGCCAAGGACUUUGUACAGUGGCUGGUCGGCACCAAACGAGAGAGGGGAAAUCCAGCUUGGUAAUUUCGGUAAAACAGGGCUGAUAGCAUCCUUGUCAUGGUGCGGUGAGCAGCAGCGCCACCGUGCCAUAUUUCCACAAGUUCCCAUA